AUGAAAAUCUUGAUUCUCCUUCUGAUCUUUCUUGCAAGAUCAAUCAAUUCCCUGAACGACAAAGAAGCCAAGUACAUCCUAUAUCUCUUACUAAAUGAUAGAUUCAUCCUUCCCCCAACAUCCGAAUCAAUCUCCAAAAUCUUCAUCAACCCUUAUCAGAUCUUCCCAUGCGCUUCAGAUGUUUAUACCUUCUACAAUCGCACAGCACUUCUGAAAAGAGAGGAAUUGUUCUACAAUGAUUGGCGUGAGAAGACGAAUUCCCCUGAAUUCCACGAAUCAAGUUCUCAAUACAAAAAACUCGAAGGCGAGCGUCUUUCAAAUUUCGAGAAACGAAAAUCAAUGCUUCUCAAUAAUGGAGCAGAUCUUGGGGGCGAAGUUGAGAAACUGAUUGGCGAAAUGAGCCCAACUGUUGAGCACAUCAUUCAUCUAGAUGAUGGUUUCACAGUCAGAUUCAAAAAUCUACAACACAACGGGCGUUUCAAUAUUGUUCAGCAACAUUACAGUUUCUAUCUCGCUUCAGAAACCUGUUUCGAACCAUGA